CACUGGUGUUUUAGUUACGGGGUACUUGAAAAGAUUUUACAUUUUAAUUCAUUGAAAGACCAUAUUGGAUUUCUUUUUUUUUUUAAUACACUGUUCUUUUACUAGGUCGGAGAACGCGUCACCGCAUUGCUAUGAGAUAAACAGUCAAACACUUGACAGACUUAUACAAGUAUUAAAGUAGUGUAAUGAGUUGAUGUGUCAGUAGUGGACUGUGUAACGCUACACCGUUGUAGGCCCUAGAGGUUGAUAUAUAGAUCUAACAUAUGCCGAUAACAUUUUGUUUUGUUUCUUUUAAUUCAGGAGAGAUUUACCAUGAAGUACAUCAACGAUCUCUCACAUCAGAUCCAGAUCUAGUUCUACUAGAACUGACGGACUUUGUUGAUUGCUUGGUAUUUGCUCGAAUGUUGCACGAACAAAAAUGCACGUGUUGCGCAGAGAGUUUCAAUUGAGGAAAUUGUUAUACAGUUAUAAAAAUGAAAGAGUUUUCUACUGUUGCCAGUGGCGAUGGCCCCGUCUAGUUUUUGUGGCCAUCCGUGUUUUCCUGGGCCUGUACACCAUCUAUGGGCUGAUCCACAUGUUCGUCGAACACUACAUCCGAGAUGACACACCGCGGACUGGUGUUGAUGUGACCAACACAACAGACACGCUGACCCAGACUUCAAAGAAACCAAUCAUGGUGUACUUCACCGUCUGGUCGUACAUACUCCUCACAAUUCAUAUGGUGCUAGCGGCUAUUCUCAGUAUUGUCUAUUAUAAGCGUGCUGAGGCAGACGUCACCAAAUUUAAGCUCCGCCCUGUUAGUAUUAUUGAGAAAAGGCCGGAUGGCCACACCGAGUUGUCGGAAGCCAAGAUCAAUGGGGCUGCAAGCACAGUCACCGAAAUACAAGCGUUCACCAAUGGUGCCCCCAACAGCCCGACUACAGAGGACAAGACAUACGUCCCCACCGUGACCAUCAAACAAUGUAGCGAGCUGACCACUUCCGGGGGAAGCGAAGAGAGCGGCAACAAAAACGGUUCCGCGAGGCGGCUAUCGUCCUACGAGUCCUUUCGUCGGUACCACACGGAGCACAUGUCGCAGAGCACGCCCUGGUACUUUAAAGUUUCUUGGUGCCUUUCGGACAUCGUCAGCGUCACGGCGCCCAUCGUUACCAUCAUCUUCUUCACCGCCCUGUACCCCAGCAUGAAGAACAAGCCGGCCGUCGGGCUGAACCUCCAGGACGUCAACGUCCACACGUUGAACCUGGUGUUCGUGGUGGUGGACCACGUGGUCAGCCCUAGGCCCAUCCGGCUGCUGCAUUUUGUGGCGCCGCUCAUUUAUGGGGCGAUUUACAUUGUGUUCUCGGUCAUCUACUGGUCUACCGACCACGUGAACAAUGUAGUGUAUAAGAAUGUUCUGGACUGGAACUAUCCAGGGAUAUCGUCUGGGGUAGCCAUUGGUCUGGCUGUGGUCGCCAUCCCGCUACUCCAAUUGUCCUUUUUUGCUCUCUAUCAGCUUAAGUGUGUUAUAUACAGACAACUGUACGACUGCUCUUUUCAUGGAGAUUUGGAUUAACAAUAACACGAAUCUGUUUCAUUAGUCAUUCUUAGGUCACGUGCUUCAUUUACUAUUUACUACAUUUAAAUUCGUCUUCACUGUGAAGCCAAAUUAUUUUUUUAAUGGAGAGAGUGUAAGGGAGACAACCAAUGUCGUUACAAAAAUUAGCAAGAAUGGUUGAGUUAUCGCACUUCCUUUGUUGAAUAGCAAAUAAAAAAGUGACUAGGUUCUUCAUUUAAAUUAUUUGUUUUAUUUGUAUUUAGCCUACUUACGAUGCAGGAUACAUUCCAAACAAAACGCACGUGUUUAUAUUCAUGUACAUAAUACAUAGUACAGCUUUUAAUAUAAGUUGACCAAUUAUACAACUGUUUUGUUUGUAAAAUGGUUUACAUGUUUGGGAUGUUCCUUCAAAGCUCAAUAUAAUCUACUUCCUAGUCUAAACCUCCCACAGGACUACUGAGGAUGGCAGUAAGCAGGUAUGAACCCGGGAUAUCGAGACGUACCAGGUAACCAGGUGACGAGAUCAACUUUGGUGUAAUUUGUAAUUUUCCUUUAAUUCCAUUUUCUAAAACUAUUUAAAUAGAACUGUAGAUUAUUUACAUAUAUAUCUUGAAAUCAAGUACACUAUUUAUAACACAAUUAGAAAUAAUAAAUAUGGUCUAUUCACGUAUGGAGUUCCCAUUCUUCAGGAGAUUUGUGUUCUUGCUAUGGAACACAUUGUAAAAGAAAAAAAAAUAGGGUAAUAAUUGCACCAGGAUUUCUUUGAUUCGUAUCAAUGCGCAUUGAGACUGCAUUAUUUAUAUUAACUUAUUUUUUUUUAUUGUUAGCAAUAUCUCUAUUUAUUAUUAACUAUUAUCAUUUACGUCAUCAUUUGCCAUUAAAAUAUAUUUAUCACAUUU